UUACGGGAGCUGCUGAUGCCAAUGAUGAGUCAGAGUGUUUGGUGCUGAUGUUGCUGCCAUUUCAUCAGCUCGGGGAGCCCAGCAUCCUCUGUGCGGCGUCUCUCCAUUUUCCACGACCGGAGCCUGCUGCUAAUCGUGCACAUCCUCUAUUGCUUUCAAUCAGUGGGAACGCUGCCAUUAAUCUGCCGCAGAAAGAGCUUGCGGGCCUGCGCUGGAUCCAGGCGCGUCGCGGCAUUAUUCUGGCGAUAAUUGAGAGUGAUGGGCCCUAAAGUGUCCGGCUGCCAAGCUACGUACAGCUGGGAGUACGGGGGUGUAGAAUAGGCCGCUUGAUUUCUUCUGUCGGCGCUGCCUUGCUAUCAUUUCCACUCUGCUUUGUACUGCAAUGUGCACAGCCGCCCACCCCAGGGCCACUAACUCCCUGCUAGGCUGCUGCUCCUGUUGGAGGCAGACUAAAGUUGUUAUUUAGCAGCCUGUACAGGAUGAAAGAGUGAGGAAGCCUAGGUGCCAUAGUGUGUCUUUGUGUUACAGGAGCACCUUUAAACAAUAUGGGCAGCUAUAGUGUAUAGUCCGACCCCCAUAGUGUCUGGGCCCUGCUUGCCCCUAUCUCUCUGCAACUCGCUUUCUGCCUAAACAGCGCCCCUGCUGCCCAGUAACAUCACUACCACUAUCAUGCUGCCAGGGGGCAAGAAGGAAUCUACUUUAGGACUCUAUAACCGUUCACUGUAAUUAACACUGGAGUGCAAAGAAAAAACAUUGUUAUUGUGAAGCAUUAUUUGUUUGAAAACAGACUUUUUUGGAGCCUCACAAAUUCAUGUUGUUCUGCUUUGCUAACAGGAAGGCAACGCUAUAAAACAGCUUUAAUCAGUUUCAGGUUAAAGAGCUUUUAGUGCCCAGACAGGAUUAUUUGCCCCAUAACUACAUCAUUAUUUGUGUGAGACAAUGAUCUUUGUUUAUGCUGCCAUGUAAAUGGUUCCCCUUGGAAGCCUUGGUUGAGGUCCUUGAGGAACUGUAGAUAUUCGGAGGUGCCCUUACCUCUUGAUACAAACAAGGAAAUUCCUACUAGAAAGCACCUAUACCUUGCCUGGAAGUUUGGCCUAGAGGGUCCAAGACUGUGGUGAUAUUGAACAAUGGAAGCAAUCUGGCUAUACCAGUUUCGUCUCAUCGUCAUUGGAGACUCAACCGUGGGUAAAUCGUGCCUCAUCCGUCGGUUCACAGAGGGCCGCUUUGCCCAAGUCUCUGACCCAACCGUAGGGGUGGACUUCUUCUCAAGGCUGGUUGAGAUUGAACCUGGCAAGCGGAUCAAGCUACAGAUCUGGGAUACAGCUGGCCAGGAGAGAUUCAGGUCCAUCACACGUGCCUACUACAGAAACUCUGUCGGAGGUCUCCUGCUGUUUGAUAUCAGCAAUCGCCGCUCCUUCCAAAAUGUCCAUGAGUGGUUAGAGGAAGCUAAGGCACACGUGCAGCCUUACCAGAUAGUCUUUGUGUUAGUUGGUCACAAGUGUGACCUCGAUACACAACGUCAAGUAACAAGACACGAGGCUGAGAAACUGGCAUCUGCUUACGGCAUGAGAUACAUCGAAACCUCAGCACGUGAUGCUAUCAAUGUAGAAAAAGCUUUUACAGAUCUGACACGAGAUAUAUAUGAGCUGGUUAGGAAGGGAGAGAUAAAUAUGCAAGAAGGUUGGGAAGGAGUAAAAAGUGGGUUUGUCCCAAAUGUAGUGCAUUCUUCAGAGGAGGUAAUUAAGUCAGACAGGCGGUGCCUAUGCUAAUUAGAUCCAGUAAAAUUCAGACCGCUUUAUAAACUCUACUAACAUAACAUUCACUCGUUUCUAACAGUUCUGUGUGGUGAAAGGUAGCAUCAACCCCCUAUGGAAACCACACAACAAAAAUUUAACAGAGAGAUUGGACUCCAGCAAAAUAAAAUGCUGUAAUUUGCCAGCGCAGUGAGAAAAAAAAUGUUUCCAAUAUUGGAAGUUCUUUCAUCGUUGGCAAGGGCAAAGUGUGCAUGUCUAUGUUUUAGGAGUUGAAACAAAAAUCACAAAAUAUAGGAUACAAAAGGGUUUGAAUACAUAUUUCUCCAUUUGGUCUUUUGGUGUAGUUUCAUGUUGGUAGAUACAAUUCCACAGUGUAAUGUUCUAAGAAAUAGAUAUAGAAGAAGCAACCCUUUUGUUUAACAUACUUUAACAUAAACAUUGCGUGCUAGCUUCUAUUUCUAAUGACUGCCAUGAUACACUUAAACAAGACAUGAACAUGGUAUGCACACUAUUGGAGGCUACACUGCAGGCAAAGCAAAAACACCUUAUUCUUGAGAGGCAAAUGGAAGUCAAUCUAGAGGACGUUUCACCAAAUAUAAUCAUACCUGGUCCUAUGUACCAUGGACCAAGUUAUAUAUAUAUAUAUUUUUUUUUUUUACAUACUACUGAUUGAAGGGAAACAGAUCAGUCUCAGUUUGAUAUUUUCCACUGUUCUAGGGGAAACCAGUUAAAAAAUCAGCAAUAGAUUAAUGUAUCCAGCCAAGUGGUAGUACAGGAAAGGCAGCGGGCAUUGGACUUCUCAGCCUUUAUUUU